AUGACGCACUUCACUCCGAACGCCAGGCAGACUGUCACCCGAGAACCUCCGGAGUGCAAGUUGACUGAAUUGGGCACUGAAUACAUUGGGAGGCAGAACAUGGACGUAUCAGGUUCUCGAUGCACCCCUUGGGAAUUUGUUUUCAGCAGUCUCACUGAUAUGUAUCAAGCUAUACCUGAUUCAAAGGGCAUGGAGAAGGAGCACAACUUCUGCCGCAACCCAUAUGGAGAAUUUGAUGUUCCCUUCUGCUAUGUCAAUAAAGAACUCAAAGCCUGCGAUGUUCCCUUCUGCCCAGAUAUUCUAGAAGACACCACAGGGAAUGUUGGCAACGAGGGGAAUGUGUACCCUGAAUGCCUUCUGUCAAAGAAAGGGAAGGAAUACGUAGGAACCAUGAGUAUCACCGAGACAGGAAAAGAUUGUCUUCUGUGGGCCAACCAAGUUGAUGAUAUGCCUUGGGAUUUCUACAUGACGCAAUUUAAGCCAAAAGACAACUCAUGGGAAAAAUCUUAUAAUGGCUAUGAAAAAAGAUACUUGUUCUUGAAUGGUGACGUAAAAAUACACAAGAACUACUGUCGGAACCCUGGGCCGAACAGAAAAAAGCCAUGGUGUUUCGUCGCCGGCGUCGACGUGAAGUGGGAGUACUGUGACAUUCCCUUCUGCCAUGAUAUGAAUUCGCCAAAUUGCAAGCUGACGGCUAUGGGAGGAGAAUAUGUUGGAAAACUGAAUGUCACCAUUUCGGGGCUUUCGUGUCAACCCUGGGUGACAACAUUUUCCGCGAGUGAAAGGUUGAAUUACGCGGCAACUUCGAUGUUCCCUGAAGAAAUUGACUCAACUAACAACUUUUGCCGCAGUCCUAACCUAAAUGAUCCCAACUGGCGGAGUCCUUGGUGUUACAUAGAACCUUUGCCCCAAGGGAAAUGGGAAUUUUGCGACGUUCCCUUUUGCCUCACAAAUGAAGAAUGUGACAUACGAGUCGAGGGAAAAUGCGUCGAUAUUGGCAUGGACGAACACAAUUUAUGCCGUAAUCCUAAUGGAGAAUUCGAUGUUCCCUUUUGUUAUGCGGAUGGUGAAAUGAAAGCCUGCGACGUUCCGUUCUGCCCAGGUGUUCUAGAAGACAUCAGAGCGAAUGUUGGGAUCGAAAGGAACGUGUACCCUGAAUGCCUUCUGUCGACGAAAGGGAAGGAAAAUACGUAG